UGCUGUUGCUAGUUAUAGUUUAGGCGCCUCUAAGCGCGCCGACUCCAGACGGUCUAGCAGGCACGAAAGGCCUAGAAUGCUUAUCUAGCUCAAUCCUCGCCCGAAACUUGGUUUUGGAAAUCUUUGUGGGCACUGCUCGCGUGAUUGCCUUGUUUCCGUUCCUGUUCCCAACGUCACGUUGUAGCCAUGGCGGCGGCAUUGCUGGGUCUCGACGGUCUCUUCCUCGGCUUCGAUAGCUCCACGCAGUCACUCAAGGCCACGGUAGUCGAUUCCUCCCUUCGGAUCGUCACUACCGAGUCCCUCCAGUACGACACUGCCCUCCCGCACUACCGAACCUCCGGAGGCGUGCACCGAGCCUCCGCCGAGCCUGAUUCCCGAACCUCCUCUUCCGGCUCGGCGCUCAGAGUUACCGCACCACCAGCCAUGUGGGUGGAGGCGUUUGAUUUGAUUUUAACGAGAUUGAAGGAUGCGGAUUUUCCGUUCGAUAAGGUCCGAGCAGUUUCGGGCAGCGGGCAGCAGCACGGGAGCGUUUACUGGCGGAGAGGAGCCCGGGCACGGCUUGCAAAUCUUAGAUCUGACCGAACCCUUUUCGCGCAGUUAUGUGGUGAUGAGAGAUACAGGAAAGAAGAAAGCAAGCUUCAAGGCACGGGAGAGGGAUUCAGCUCAAGCGAUUCGAUUAAAGGUGCUUCUUUACUAGAUGAUGCAUCAUCAAGUGUUUUUUCGCUGUUAGAUUCCCCCAUCUGGAUGGACAGCAGCACAGCAUCCCAGUGUAGGGAAAUCGAAGCAGCUCUUGGCGGGCCUGCAGCAUUGGCUCGGCUGACGGGCUCCCGAGCCUACGAGCGGUUUACUGGGCCUCAGGUUCGGCGUGUGUGGCAACAUCAGCCUCGGGAGUAUGAGAACACGGAGAGGAUCUCAUUGGUCAGCUCGUUUGGAGCAUCGCUAUUGGUCGGGGAUUACGCUCCUAUUGAUGCUGCUGACGGCGCUGGGAUGAAUCUGAUGGAUCUACGGACGAGAGAGUGGGCUGACGUGGCACUAGAGGCCACUGCGCCAAACCUGCGGGAGAGGCUUGGCGAGGUUGUCCCUUCACACGAGGUGGUUGGCAAUGUGCAUGGCUACUAUGUGGAAAGGUUCGGCUUCUCUCCUACUUGCCAAGUCGUGGCAUGGUCUGGCGACAACCCUUGCAGUCUUGCAGGUUUGGCGCUUGGAGGCUCGGGCGAUGUGGGCAUAAGCCUUGGGACGAGCGACACUGUGUUUGCGGUGGUUCAGCACCCCCAACCAGGAUUGGAAGGCCAUGUGUUUCCCAAUCCUGUGGAUCCAUCCUCGUUUAUGGCCAUGAUCUGCUACAAGAACGGGUCACUCACUCGACAAGCCAUCAGGGACCGCUGUGCAGGCGGGUCAUGGGAGUCAUUUUGCCAGCUGCUCAAUGAGUCUCCUCCCUUGAACGGUGGUCGCAUGGGCCUCUACUAUCUCGACUCAGAAAUCAUCCCACCACUACCAGUGGGAACUCAUCGGUAUGCGCCAAAGCAAGGCGACGGCUCAGCUACUUCAGAAGCGGCUGUUAGAGGCCCUCUCUCGGCGCUCACAAGGCUUGACCCCGACCAGACCUUCUCACCACCUGAAGAGAUCAGGGCACUGGUGGAGGGGCAGCUAGCAGCAAUGAGGGGACAUGCAGAGCGGAUCGGGUUGCAGAGCCCGCCUGCCCGAAUCAUGGCCACUGGGGGUGGUUCGGCCAAUGAGGCGAUCCUGCACACCAUGGCAAAUGUUUUUGGCUGCCCGGUGUACACCUCGACAUCCACAGACUCGGCCUCAUUGGGAGCAGCACUGAGGGCAGCACACGGCUACCUCUGCCACGCCCAAGGCUCCUUUGUUCCCUUCACAUCCCUCCUGGAUCAUGCGAGCGCCACCUCAGCAACUUCCAGCUCAGCAAAUGCCACAGCAGAAGGUGCCACGUCAACAGCCCCCAGCGCUGUCUCUCUUUCCGAAGCUAUCCCUGCUGGAUCGCCGGACCUGCACGCGAGGUACGGGGAGAUGGUGGCUCGGAGAAUGGCAGUUGAGCAACAGCUAUUGGACGAAGCCAGGGGGCAGCAAGCAUAGCGGCGGUGUGCAGUUCAUUGUGAGGCUUAAAGCCAGAACCAGUGUAGUUGGCUUUAACAACCACAGCUGGCUGCUGUGGCUGUUGAGGGCCAGUUGUUGGAUGAAGCGGAUGCGCAUUGAGUGGGCACUGGGCAGCUGGGUGAAGGAUAGAGAGUUGUGAUCAUGGUUGAGGUCCCAUUGAAAGCAUCUUAGAGGGUGUCAUGUUCCUGCGACCUUUCCCCAGGUCGGGCUCUUCCCAGACUCACCCCUCUCGCCUGAAUCUCAGCUAUGCUGAGCCCAAUUAUUAUUGCGCAGCGCAGAACCGUACUAGCCCUUCUCGCGCCGAAAUCGCAUCACUG